AAACACUUCAGUUUUAGUUUUACUUAAAUCGUCACCGUUGAAGGUUUGAGGUGAACCAGUGUCAGUUCUAGUGAUCUUUGACGCGAUGGAGAUGUACAAUAUCGUUGAGCAACUCGAUAGAGGUAGUUUCGGGACCAUUCAUAUGUGCUUAAAGAGGCACAACAGACAAAAGAUGGUAAUGAAACGAAUUUACGCCGACCUGAAAGGCGAAGAACUGAAGUCGGCCCAAAACGAAGUAGCCAUCUUAAAGUCUCUCAAUCAUCCGAACAUCAUUCAGUACUAUGAUAGCUACGUGCAGAACGGCACUUUUCACAUAAUCAUGGAAUAUGCAUCCCACGGCAGCCUGCAGCAACUCAUCGAGAAAAAUCGACCGAAAUAUUUUAACCCGCAAGUCGUGAUGAACUUUUUCUGCCAAAUCUUGAUGGGACUGCACCACGUUCACGAGAAAAACAUCAUCCACCGUGACUUAAAGUGCGAAAAUAUUUUCGUCACAGGUCUCCAGUGCGACGUUAUUAAAAUAGGAGAUUUCGGCAUCUCCAAACUACUUAGCAACUCGAAGAUGGAUACCACCGUAAUCGGCACUUACAACUACUUAGCUCCCGAGCUCUGCCGUGGUAAAUCUUAUAACAGAAAAACCGAUAUAUGGGCUCUGGGAUGCGUUCUGUAUGAAAUUUGCGCCAUGGAGAAGAUGUACCACGGCACGGUGUCUGACAUAAUCGUUUCGAUAGUCAAUGGCAAAAGGAAGACCAUUGACUCAAAAAGAUAUGGCAAGCAGAUGCAGGAGCUUCUCCACCUUCUUUUACAAAGUGACCCUGAAAAGCGUCCAGAUACAAAAACGCUAAUGGCCUUAGCGGAUGUGUUUCCAUCUCUUCAUAGCCUAACAGUUAACCUUGGAUGCAUAUUCGACAAACAGUAGGUCAGUCUCGAGGUAGAGAUUAUAUAUUUUUUAAUUUUUAUACUUUCUUUAAAUAAAAGUCA